GAGGCUUCAUUAUAUGGGACAUCUCAGGUGGUCAAGAGGACUAUUCUUUUGAGGAGUUGUUGCCCAUGGCAGUUAUUGGAGUUAUAGGAGGUCUUCUUGGAGCAUUGUUCAAUCAGCUUACUCUCUAUAUGACACACUGGCGUAGAAAUUAUUUGCACAAGAAAGGAAAUCGUGUUAAAAUUAUUGAAGCUUGUAUCAUCUCUGUGAUAACCUCAGCCAUUUCAUUUGGAUUGCCACUUUUUAGAAAAUGUACUCCGUGCCCUGAAGCCGAUGCUAACUCUGGCAUUGAAUGUCCGCAAGCACCGGGAAUGUUUGGCAAUUAUGUUAAUUUUUACUGUCAGAACAACAAAGAGUACAAUGACCUCGCAACCAUAUUCUUCAACACUCAGGAUGACGCCAUAAGAAAUUUAUUCAGUGCAAAGACAGCUCACGAAUUCAGUGCUCAAAGCCUACUGACAUUUUUGGUUAUGUUUUACACCUUGGCAGUGGUGACCUUUGGAACUGCAGUUCCAGCAGGUCAGUUUGUGCCAGGUAUCAUGAUAGGAUCAACUUAUGGACGUCUUGUUGGCAUGUUUGUGGUUAGCUUUUACAGGAAGCUGAAUAUUGAAGAGGGGACGUAAGUAUUUCUUUCUUGUUUACUCCUUCAU